CUAAAAUGAAUAUGCUUUGUUAAAUUAAACACAAAGUAAUUAGUUGAGCUCUAGCAUUAAGCUUAGAAAGAACAAUGAAACUCUUCUUAAUAAUAGGUUUAAUUUGUGGCCUUAUUAUUGCUAAUAAGGCGGCGGUGAUGCAAGGGAAUUACGCUGAUCCAAAACACCCAGGUAAAUGUGUCUAUCAUGAUAUGAUAUUGUCGCCUGGUGAACAUCCCUAUUCCAAAUGUGGGCGUAUGUUGUGCGGUGAAACUGGAUGGAUAGUUUUUCAUACAUGUGGCGCCAUAUUACCACCAGACGGUCAUAAGUUGGGAAAACCCAUUUAUCCAGAUGCAAAAUAUCCGAAAUGCUGUGAAAAGCAUUAUAUUCCAAUUGAAGAAGAAAAUGCGUAAAAUAUAUAAAAUUCCAAAAACUCAUAAGAUAUACUAAAAAUAAAUCACUUUAAAAAUUAAAA